AUGAAGACCACCGCACUCGUCACCGCCAUCGCCGCCGCGUCCGUCGCCUCGGCUAUCCCGUCGACGCCGCACGGCGAGGUGCAGGAGCGAGACGUCGACCCGCGCGCAGACAACGGCCACGUCGAGGCGCGGGACGCGGCGCCCGACCCCGAGACCGAGACCGAGCCCCUUGUCGAUGGGUCCGAAGGCACGACCUUGGUUGAGCGCGCCGCCCCGAUACGCAAUGAGACUGCUCCGGGACCGCCAACCUCGGGCGGGGGUACAAGCCUUCUCAGGUGCUACGUGACCCACGACACUGACGGACGUCGGCGGGAAGACGAGGUUACCAGGUUGUAG